CAAAUGGCGGGUAAUGAAACAGCUGUUCACGCCACCGCCGACUCGACAUCUAGCGGAGCGCGGGCGCGAUCCGGCGCGCGUCGGCGACGACGUCGACGUAGGUUACACCGUGACGAGGAGACGCGUGGACGCGGAGCGAGAAGGAACUCGGCAGUGCUUGUCAGUGACCUGUCCAGGAGGAACAUGGCCGCUGGCUGCUGCGGCGCGAAGAAGCAGAGGCUGGGCGGUGGCGGCACCAGCGGUGGCGCGUGCGACGGCACCGUGAUUCGGCACAGCGCGGUCCAGCCGAGGAAGCCCACCACGAUCGCCCAGCCGGACAUGGGCUUCUUCUGCUUUGACGUGCUCUACUGCCAGCUGCAUCAAUUGGACCCGCCGAAGGCGCCCAACUUCAGCAACGAGGCGUUCCCUUUAUUCGUGACAUGGACAAUAGGGAAAGAUAUGAGAUUACGAGGUUGUAUCGGUACUUUUAACGCGAUGCAUUUACACGCUGGACUACGCGAGUACGCUACAACUAGCGCAUUCAAAGACUCUCGGUUUAAUCCCAUAACUCGAGAUGAGCUACCGCGCUUACACGUGAGCGUGUCGAUUUUACGACAUUUCGAGGACGGGGUUGACUAUUUAGAUUGGGAAGUGGGCGUUCACGGGAUUCGAAUAGAGUUCCACAACGAGAAAGGUAAUAAGCGGACGGCUACUUACUUGCCCAGCGUAGCUAUGGAGCAAGGAUGGGACCAGAUACAAACGAUAGACUCUCUGCUACACAAGGGUGGCUUCAAAGGUCUAGUCACACCUGACAUCCGUCGUGGCUUGAAACUGACUCGCUACCAAAGCGAGGAAGUUACCGUGAGCUAUCAAGACUACAUGACGCAUUUCAAUUCGUCUCACUCGCAGAACGAUAACGCCCGUUACAAUGUUUUCGCGUCCGGUCAGCAGAUUCGGACGCAGGCCAAUCGUUCGACGUUCAUACAUCCGCUACCCUUGCCCCCCAUUCCGCCGGUCAUGCUACCGAUUCGUACUAAUCCACCCUUCUGGUGGGGUAAUGCAGGUCCGUCCUAUCCGUCUGCACCGCUUUACCAUCAUCGGCCACCGCACCGUUUCUCCACGCAGGAAAUCGCGGAACGCGGGGUGCUGGUGCGUGUUUCUGUGUCUCAGUAUACACAGCAUACCGUUUAUGAUGCCGCAUGCUCCGUCUUGAGGAUCACGACACAUCUUUCACAUAUGAUGGCACCUAAUUGUCCAGUGUUACGUCGAGUGUCGUAUCGCAGGUAUCAUGCAAUAUUUGUGUACAUACAUCUACCAUCAUAUCAACGACCGAUCUACCGUAUCGUAACGUUGAAAUUCACAAAUGUAAGAAACGACGACGAUGACAAGAUGACGAGGAAGAAGAAGUGCGGGAAAGUAACGCGGAGACUCGGCUCGCGAGCGAACGAACGAACGUCGCAUCAACGUCGGGCGUGCGACGCGGGAGAAGUGGGAGAAGUGAGUGACAGCGAAAUGGCGGGCGAUGAAACAGCUGUUUCGACGUGCGCCGCGCCAUCUGACGGGGCGCGCGCGCGGCACGGCACGCUACAACGGCGACGACGGCGGUGGCCGCGACGGGCGGACGAGAGUGAGACGUGCGCGGGUCGUAGACCGUUCGUGUCCGCAGUUCGGGUCGUGAGAGUCGACGACGGCGACGGCGACAACGACAACGGCUGAGACAGAAAUAUGGCUGCUGGCUGUUGCGGUACCAAGAAGCAAAAGCUCAACAACUCCGCGGGCGUACCGUGCAACGGCACGGCGGUCUUGUCGAACGGCACGCGUAUACGCAACACACCGAUCGUGCAGCCCGAGAUGGGCUUCUACUGCUUCGAUGUCCUUUACUGCCAACUGCACCAACUCGACCCACCUAAACCGCCCAACUUUAGCAACGAAGCAUUUCCCCUGUUCGUAACAUGGACUAUUGGCAAGGACAUGCGGCUGCGCGGCUGUAUUGGUACAUUCAAUGCCAUGCACUUACAUGCAGGACUUAGAGAAUAUGCUACUACUAGUGCUUUCAAGGAUUCACGGUUCAAUCCUAUAACGCGAGAGGAACUUCCACGCUUGCACGUGAGCGUCUCCAUACUGCGACACUUUGAAGAUGGCGUGGACUACUUAGACUGGGAAAUAGGGGUCCAUGGUAUUCGCAUAGAGUUCCAUAAUGAGAAAGGCAACAAGAGAACCGCUACUUACUUACCUGAUGUUGCGACUGAACAAGGUUGGGACCAGAUUCAGACGAUAGAUUCGUUGCUGCACAAAGGUGGCUACAAGGGCUUAGUCACGCCGGACAUUAGACGCAGCGUGAAGCUAACGCGAUACCAGAGCGAGAAGAUUACUGUAAGCUAUCAAGACUACAUGACACAUUGGCACAACCGAAGAUGCUAGCAGCUGGCUUGGGGUCCUGUCCAAGGGCCCCUACAUUGUCAGGCGUCCAGUACGUUUUGUUACAAAAAUACGGCUGACACAGUUAACGCGUCUUACUCGCAAUCUUACGGUACCACUCAAUACAAUUCUUUCAUGGCCAAUCAGCAGCAUACGUUAGUUAUGGUUCAGCCGAAUCACCCCACGUUCAUACACACACUUCCGAUGCCACCGGUUCCUUCAGUUGUAUUACCCGUGCAAAACUACCCACCAUUUUGAUGAAGUGUAUCAUAUCCCUCAGUACGUUAUAUCGUUGUUCUUUACGAGUUUUGUAACGAGGAGAGCUGAAGUAAAUGAAGUGCUUAACAAAAAUACGACAUUGAAGGCGGCUAUUACAUGCAAUCUUUUACUGCUUCAAUUGGUGCCUAUAUAUAUAUACACAUGUAUAUUAUAUUUUGAUCGUUUGGCAGCAUAUCCCCCCCAUCAUUGUCUCGGUCUCUCUUUACAUUUCUCUCUCCCCGUGCGAUAAAUUUACUUCGUCGAGAGAAUACAAGUAUGGUGGCAAUGUUCUUCCAAAAUAAUAUUUGCUAUACUAACGAUAUUGGCUGUAGACAUUUGUAUAUGAUAGAUUCUUGUUCUCGUGUUGUACAAUUUUAUGGUUGUUAAAUUGGAAAUAAUAAAAAUAAUCUAUUUGCGUGUAAAACGAUGCAACUAAAACUUCGUUUGCUACUUAACGCUUAUUACUUGACUAGCCACCGAUCGAUACGAUAAGAUAUGGGUACUCCAAUUUGCUUUGCCAUCAUGCUAGAAUCCACACCUGUCAUUCGUUUUGGCAUCUGCGGGUCGAGCGAUUUGAUUCAAAGAAUCAAACAUGAUCGAUCCAUUCAUCCGAUGAUGUACAAAUUCGUUCCGAUUGUUUAUCUGCAUUGCUAAAAUUCAUUUCACUGAAUAGCAGAUGUAAUUCUCCAGCAAAUGUUUACGAGCAAUAAAAUAUAUAUAGAUUUUCAUUGUCUUUCUCGAGAUACAAUUCAAGGAAUAAUUUAAUCGAAGUAGAUCUGGAGUAAAAAAAAUAGAUGCACUAUCGCUUAUGAUGUACAAAACUUAUUUUCAAUCCAUGAUAUAAUCGUUAAUUAUACAUAUUUAACACAUACCGCAACGUCUGAAUUGAAUUUCUUUGCAUUAAUGGUAUAAAUCAAAGUUUUUUUUCCUUUGUCAAGUUAUCGCUUCAUUUGUCUACUGAGAUUUUUUUCGCUUGUUUUAAUAAUAUAUGCCGAUGUUGUAACAGAAUAUAAAAAAUGACAUGAACAUACACUGUAUAAAUUUUUAAUGUUGCAUAUUUAUACCAUUCCUACAAUGAAGUUUAAGGCGUUUAAAUAAUAGUCCAGAGUUUUAUUGCAGUGAAGGAUUCUAUGGAUUAAUAAAGUGCAAUAACGAGAAAUUAUCGCCAGACCAAAUUUAAUGGAAGAUUGGUAUCUUCCAUUAAACUCUAAUAUUUUAAUAUUAUUACUGCACUCUGAAAAAUUCGAUUUAAAAAGAAAAAAAAAGACAAAAAUUUGUUUCGAUCGCUUCUAUGCUGGAUAAAUAUACAUGGAUAUAUUUAUUGAUCCGUAGAAUGGGGGACCUCUACUGCAAAUAGACAAUGGGCUAGACAGAACUAAACUAUAACUGAAAAAAAAAGAAAAGAGUUAGGUAUAUAGAUAUAAUAUAGAUAUAAGAUAUUAACAAAAAUGACGAUCUCAUUGUGAUGUUGAUUGCUGUGCAAAUCAUGGUAAUGUCAUGACUCAUGUCCAUUAUGAUGACGACAGAUAAAAAAAUUUUUUUCCUGAAUACUUAAUAACUAAACACUUAAAGGUAGAUAAAACAUAUUGCGGAAACAGAGCAAAACAGUUGUGUGUAUAUUGUAGAUAUGCGCGCGACUUGAGUUAUGUCUAGAGAUAGAGAUAAUGCGUACUUGGUAAAGUGGUGUAAGAAAACGAAAUACUGGAACACGAGAAUACGUUCGUCAGUAUACCUUAAACGCGUGAUACGUUUAAUAGCAGCAUUGUCACACGCAGAAGUAGAAGUUCAGGCAUAUUUUGUAUUAAACAUCGCUUUUUAGAUUUUCGCGGCUAUACGAUAGCUGGUUUCAUUCACUGCCAACAUAAUCAUUGUUGUAGGUAUUAUACAAAUCCUACUCCUGAAAAAAAAGAAUAAACAGUUCACGUUGUUGUAUUUUGGUUGAAUCGAUGCCUUAGUAUCUGGUGUUAUCUUUUAUACAUUCUUAUCGCAUACGCAUAGUUCCUGGGAUCUCCUUGCUAUUCGGGCCCCCGUAUAACGUCCAGUAAACUGCCAGUAAUAUACUUAAUUCUAGAGUAGAGUUGGCAAAUCAAAAUUGCACUAAUCUGUGCCCAAUUUUACUUGAGAAACCGGAUCGUGUUUUUCUUUUUUUUUCAAAUAAAAAUGUUUAGAAAACGUAACGUAUAUGUAAGCAUGUAAAAUAAGGAUGCUGCAUAUUCCUGAUGAUCCCAAGUAAAUUCGAGUAGAAAUUCAACGUGUUUCCAAAUUUAAUAAUAUAAUAUCUUUGGAUUUCGUAACAAAAUGUGCAUCCAACUCCACGAUAAACAAGAAUGUGGAAUUUCCAAUAUCGAUAUUAUCUUAUUUGAGCCUAUAAAUAGACGUUUGUAUUAUGUUCAUAAAUAUGAGCUACGUUCGACUCGAUAUUGUGUAAGUUGAAUCUGUACGUCACGUUAAAGGGAAUAAUUCUCCUAAAUUAGAAGAAUUGUAUAUACUAUUAAUAUUUAAACCAACGAUCUUCUUAAACAGUACGAAAGCCUUUAUUACUGUAACAAAUCAUAUGGUGCCUAGAUACUGGAUUAAUUUUGAGAAAAGAAAAAUAGUGAAUACGCGUAAUACACUACACAUAGGACUCCUGGUGAAUACGAGAAUACUGGACAAUUAUAAAUAGACGUCUUAUAAACAUUAUGUCAAAAUGUGAAAUAAAAAUACAUUUUAUAUUCUACAAA